AUGAACGUUGGAUUACAAAAAAGCCUAUUUAACAAAACUCUUUUUUGGGAUCAAAAGCUUAAUCGUGGAAGUAAACGUAGGCGUUUUGUCGAAGAUGAAGAGUAUAUCUUUGAACAAAAAGAUAAUUUUCACAUAAGUACAGAAUACUAUCUAGCCGAUAAAAUCCAAAUAACUAUUACAAAGAAAAUGAAAUUUGAAUUAGAAAUGGCUUCUGGAAAUAACACUACUAUUCAAAGUCCUCAAGAAAACCAUAAUAAUUUAUAUAAUAAUACCAAUAUUUCAAAUCAAUCCCAAAUAGAACACAUAGAAAACAGUCAUCUUAAAGAACAUUAUUAUAAUUAUGAUCAACGAAAAAGUACCCAGGAAAGUUUCUCUUCAAUUGACAAGCUUAUUAAUUGUAAGCUUCAUAUCUCAACCAGAACAAAUCCGUAUGAAGAGAUCAACUCUAUUUUAAAUCAUGCAAAUCAACUGCGUAAUACAAAUCCAAUUGAUUGUAUGGAUGAUUAUGAAACACCAGUAAACAACAACUAUAAUUCUAUCAAUUCUCUUCUUAGAGAAGCAUUUUUAAGAAGACAUCAUAAUUAA